AUUGAUCUCUUAAUUUUGAAGUAUGUUAUGUUUGAAGUUUUGAUUUUUCAUUUCUCAGGAUUUUCCAGAUACUUUGCAUCUUGCAGUUAUUUAUAGUGAAUGGGAAAUGAGCUUUUUAACCGAGUAUUGAAUUUACCACACAUUAAUCACAUUGUAACCGAUUACGAUAGCAAGUUUUUAUCUUUUUAUGGUUCGCCCUGUUUUACAUGAAGGCGGCCAUGUCAGGCAGAAGAGAUAGAUCAAGGUCUCCGAUGAGAGCAAACAGAAGAGACAAACCAAUGGAGCAAAUUAAAAAUGAUGCCAGUAUGUCCAGUAGUGUGAUGAACCCUAUGAUGAUGCAGAACAUGAUGAUGUCUCAAGGGAACAUGAUGAUGCCGGGAAUGUUCAAUAUGAUGAUGCCAAAUGCUAUGAUGGGUAGUGGCAUUAUGCAGCCCACUGGGAUGGAUAUGAUGCAAAGCAGUGGCAUGGAAAUGUCAGCUAUGCAGCCUGCGAUGGAUAUGUCUGCUAUAGGAUCUGCUCAGCCCAUGCAGCCUCCUCCUCAACCCAUGGACAUGGGGUUGAUGGGUGGUGUAAUGAUGGAUCCCAUGAUGGGAAUGUAUCCUAACAUGAGUGCAGAAGCUGAACAUGAGAAAAAAGAAAUAGUUCUCAAACAUUGCAAGUUAAUACCACCGGCAAGUGGCAGCACCCAUCCGCCCCGUCGAGCGAGACCGCCGGGUUGUCGAACAAUCUUUGUAGGCGGUCUACCUGAAAAAAUAAGGGAGAGCACUGUGAGAGAAAUAUUUGAACGCUAUGGAAGAAUUCAUAUUCUGAGGCUGUCCAAAAAGAACUUCUGCCAUAUUCGGUUUGAUAGAGAGAGUUGCGUGGAUGCAGCCAUGGCCAUAUCAGGUUACAGAAUUAAACUGUUGACCAAAGAAAAGGACAGCAAAGAUGAUAAAGAAGACGAUGAAGAUUCCCAAGCUACUAAUGGCUGGCUUCAUGUGGACUAUGCUUUGAGUAGAGAUGAUCAAAAUGAAUAUGAGAGACGUCAACGCCAAGCGUUAAGAGUUCAGCAGCAACAAAUGCAGCAGCUGACAGCGCAGCAGGAAGCCAUGGCCAGUCGUUCCAUGAACUAUCGUCGGUCUCCCUCGCCCGCGCGAAUACAACUAUUUUCGAAUGCAGCCAUGGUACAAUUGUCGGAAAAAAUUAAAAAUGAAGAACACUUUGCAAGCACUCUACCUACAUUAAUUGCAUGGCUGGAACGAGGGGAAUGUUCCAAAAAGACUUCCAAUCAAUUUUAUUCCAUGAUUCAAGCUACAAACUCUCACAUUCGUAGGCUUUUUGGUGAAAAAAUGCAAGCAGAGGAAGAGUUGCAAGAGUGCAAAGAAAGGGUGAAGAACCACAUACAGAGUGUCAUUGAACAACUCGAACAGGUGGCGAAAGUGUUCAAUGCAGCCACGCAUCAACGCGUUUGGGACCACUUUACUAAACCUCAGCGAAAGAACAUCGAAACAUGGCAAAAAAUGACUCAGGAGUUUAAUGCGCUGAAAGAGGAAUUCAAUGAUAAAUUCUUUGGUGAAGAAUCAGACUUUAAUGGGUACAAUAAAAGUAACAGUAAUUUCGAUAUGAAUAAUGAGGAAGUUCAACAACUGAAGAGAGAAAAUGAGAGUCUUCAGUUCCAAUUGGAGGCUUACAAGAACGAGGUUGAUGUUAUAAAAGCUGAUGCCCAGAAAGAGAUGGAGAAGUUCAAAGCUCAAUUCAUAGCGCGUCAAGCAUUGCAAGUCGCAAUGGAGAAGAAUCCACCCUUGCCGUCGCCCGUAGUGAAGCCGCCACCGCCGCCGCCGCUGCCCGAUGACGUGGACUCCAAAGUGCCUUUGAAAGAAGAAAUCGAUGUCAAGUGUGGAGAAGCCAAGCUCAUUGGCAUCAUGUCUGCAUUCUUGCAGGUGCACCCGCACGGCGCGAGCCUGGACUACGUGGUGUCGUACGUGCGCGCGCUGUUCCCGAGCGUGUCGCAGGGCACCAUCCACCACGUGCUGCAGAAGCACGAUGAGGUGUUUCAGCGCAGCAGCAGUGGCGUGGGCGCCAACAUCGAGACGCGCUGGACCUUCGUCGCGUUCGCCAACGCCGCGGUCUAAAGGAAACCGGUAUGCGGCUCUUGUGGCUCCUCCCGCGGUAUGCGAUAAGCUUUACGUAUUACCCUAUUUAAAUGCCAACCAGGCGCUGAUACACCGAUGUGGGCACGAUGGGCAUGCCCACAACCCUAAUAGAAUUGUGACGUCACACUCACGGUAUAUCAUGAUCGGAAUAUCGUGUAUGGAACUAUACACUGUACAAAAUCUUGGAAAAAGUGUUUUAAAAUGGAUUUUCUUUGUGAAAAAUUAAAUUUAGAUCGUAGGAACUUGUGAACUUGUUUAGUGAAGUGUUAACGUUAUCAUAUUGUGAUCUUCUUUGCAUUAGUACCUUUUAUGUAAAAUAAAGUAUGUACUAAAAUCUUUAUAAGAAUAAAUAAGUGACUGGAAG